AUGUUUCUCCCCCCCGCCUCACCCGCCUCCCUCGUUCUCUGUCUCCAUCGGCCUAUUUCUCUCACCCUGCCUCCCCCACCUCCCUCUUCUCCCAUGCCUCCAUCUCCAUUGGCCUAUUUUGAUACUCUCUCCUGCUUCCCCCACCUCCCUCCUUUCCUCCGCCUCCCCCUCCUCCCCAGCCUCCCUCUUUACCCCCAACCCUCCCUUGCCUCCCCCACCUCCUUCCUCUCCCCCGCCUCUUUCCUCUAG